UACCAGUUAAUACCUAGUGGGCGUGGGAAGCUAGACCAAAGUUUCCGGACUUUCUUCCAGACAAGAAAAUAUAAUUUGCGGUACAAAUUCUACAAUAUGCCUGGAAGAUCGACUCCCUUAAGUGUAAUUUUAGUUUCAUCAGGUUCAAAAGGAAACAGACUUCUCUUCCGAUAUCCUUACCAGGAGGAAAGUGACAAAGAAGUUGUUCAAAAGAAUAGAACACGCAACCCUUACGCACUGCAGUUACCAGAGGAUGACUUGAACGACUGUAAACCAGCCUCCAGUAUCAGACAUGGCAAGCUUGUUGGUUAUUCUGAUGAGAUUCUAGCCCACAUACUGACCACAGAGACCGGCCUGUGUGACCACCGCUUUGAACUGACCAUUGAUGAUGUGAAGUUUGUCGGACAGCCGACCCUCAUAGUAGGUGGGGGCAGAAAACUGAGGCGACAUGAUGAGAAGACUAGACGAGAGAGUCGUACCAUGGCCAUGUUCAACCUGGUCUUUGUACUCCAUGCCAGUGCGGAUCCGUCAGUGGUUGGGUGCUAUCAUGAUCUCAGCAAGCGUCUAGUCCUGGCUCUCAAGCAUGAGGAGAGACGAUGCGGCUAUCUCAGCCACCAAGCCGUCCUGAUGAUGUCAGCUCAUGACGAGGUGGCUGCCAUGCCUGAAGAUGCAGAGGAAUCGCCAUUUUCCAUCAUGCUGCAGAAGAGCAAGCUUUGCCGGGACCUCCGACAUGUAUUCAAUGGAUUGUGUGAUAAGGGUGUGAUCCACGUCUUCAUCAAUAAUUGGAUUGAAGUCAGCUUCUGCCUGCCUCACAAAGUGCACAACGUGGAUCAGAUGGUCGUCAUCGACCCCACGAUGAUAGAGCAGAGCCUUCUUGCCAUCAGACCCUACCACGCCCUGCUCCUCCUGGAGGAUGAGAAGGAACUACAGCAGUCUCUUCCUAAGGAUUGCUCACCGUCUCUGCGCCGCGUCAUCAAGUGGUCCUCACCGUUGAACAGUCUGCAGAGGCUCAGUCAGGACACCGAUCUAGCUCUGUCUCAGGUCUUUCAGAUUGUCGGUCACAUGGUGUACUGGGGCAAAGCGACUAUCAUCUACCCAAUCUGUGGGAGCAAUGUGUAUAUCUUAUCACCAAGGGCUCCUACGUCAGCAAAUUCCCCGUACCAUGAAGAGUUCCGUGACAUCACAGCAGGAGGCUUCCUAACAGAGGCGCUGGCUGCAUUCUCACAGCCAACUCCAUUCAGCGAUGUGAUGAACAUUGGAGAGAAAGAGAAUGAGGCUGAAAAGGUGAAGAUUCUGGUCUGGCUGCUGCAAAAGAGACUUCUCAUACAGCUUCAUACGUACGUAUUCCUGAUGAUCCCUACUGAGAGGCCCACCCAGCUUGUUAAUCUUCAAGACAAGCAUUCCAGGCCGUCACCAUCAUCGUCGUCAGCCUCACAAGACAAGAACAGCUCAGCCAGUACCAACCCCUCACACCACGGCUCCACGGGAAACGUGGCGGAUAACAUGUCAAUGGAUUCAGAUGAGCUGAGCACCAGUCUGGAUUCCUACUCUACCCUCUCUCUAGACAAUGAGGGACACGGUCACAGCAGGCAGAAGUUCAUGGAUAUGCUGAAGGAGAACCUGACUGAAGCUGAGAGACAGUGCGUCAUGAACGUCCCUGCCGCCAAGAAACCGGAGGAUCUCAAACUGUUUGCAAGGCUUUGUCCCUACUUCCGCGGUCGUCACCACCUUGAAGAGAUCAUGUACUAUGAGAAUGUCAACCGAUCCCAAGUCUACAUGCUCCUGGAGAAGUUCAAGCAAGUACUGGUGGUCUGUACCCACCAAGACGCGGCUACAGUGGCUUACAAGGAGUUCCUAUAGCAUUACGCUGACGGUGGUUGGAGCUCAUUUGGCAAUCAGUGAAAUAUAUAUCUUAUUCUGGACUGGAGUCUAAACUUGUGUCAGAAUUUUAUAUUCUACCUCGAGUAUUUCGCUCAGAGUGAGCAGGGAGAAACAAUUUGAGACAUCUCGUAGACAACUUCAAAUUAUCUAUCCCCAACUAAAAUAGAG